CCGCGUCACGGUCCCUACCACCACCUGCCGGCCCGCCUGGCCGUAUAAAAGAGCCGCGGGCCUGGCGCCGGGACUCGGCCCCAUGGAGACACCGCGGGCCGCGGCUGGCGCUCGGCGAGGAGCUGUGGCCGGUGCCUUCCAGGAGUCUGAGCCAUGAGUGGCCCCUGUGGACAGAGGCCCAUCGAGGAAGUCAGCCCUGCCAUGAGUCUGUGGGAACUUGAGGACAGCCACAGCUGUCAGGGCACUCCCAGGCCGGCCCAGGACCCCCCUGCUGAGGAGGCAUCUGCUUCGGAGCUGCAGAUGAAGGUGGACUUCUUCCGGAAGCUGGGCUACUCAUCCACUGAGAUCCACAGCGUCUUGCAGAAGCUGGGGGUGCAGGCAGACACCAACACGGUGCUGGGUGAGCUGGUGAAGCACGGGUCAGCUGCAGAGCGGGAGCGCCAGGCCUCGCCCGACCCCUGCCCUCAACCUCCUCUGGUCCCCCGGGGCGGGGGCACCCCCAAGGCGCCCAGCCUGGAGCCUUCGAUCCCAGAGGAGGACAAGGAGGACAGCGACCUGAGGCCGGUGGUCAUCGACGGGAGCAAUGUGGCCAUGAGCCAUGGAAACAAGGAGGUCUUCUCCUGCCGGGGCAUCCUGCUGGCAGUGAACUGGUUUCUCGAGCGGGGCCACACAGAUAUCACAGUAUUUGUGCCAUCCUGGAGGAAGGAGCAGCCAAGACCCGACGUGCCUAUCACGGACCAGCACAUCCUACGGGAACUGGAGAAGAAGAAGAUACUGGUGUUCACACCAUCACGGCGUGUGGGUGGCAAGCGAGUGGUGUGCUACGAUGACAGAUUCAUUGUGAAGCUGGCCUUUGAGUCCGACGGGGUUGUGGUCUCCAAUGACACGUACCGUGACCUCCAGGGUGAGCGGCAGGAGUGGAAGCGCUUCAUCGAGGAACGGCUGCUCAUGUACUCCUUCGUGAAUGACAAGUUCAUGCCGCCUGAUGACCCCUUGGGCCGGCACGGGCCCAGCCUGGACAACUUCCUGCGUAAGAAGCCACUCACUUCUGAGCAGAGGAAGCAGCCAUGUCCCUAUGGGAGGAAAUGCACGUAUGGGAUCAAGUGCCGAUUCUUCCAUCCAGAGCGGCCAAGCCGCCCCCAGCGCUCUGUGGCUGAUGAGCUCCGUGCCAACGCCCUCCUCUCACCCCCCAGGGCCCUCAGCAAGGACAAAAGUGGCCGGCGGCCUUCACCUUCAUCUCAGUCCGACUCUGUAACUACAGAGAGUGAGCCGUGCAGCCUGGAUGGGAAGAAGCUGGGCACCCGAGCAUCCCCAGGGCCCCGCCGGGAAGGUCCAAUACAGACCUUCGCCCCAUCAGGCAGGAGCCACCCACCUAGCGGGGGCAGUGGCAGCAGCUUUGGGCCCGUGGACUGGCUCCCACAGACCCUGGACUCACUCCCAUACACCUCCCAGGAUUGCCUGGAUUCAGGCAUUGGCUCCCUAGAGAGCCAGAUGUCAGAACUGUGGGGCAUUCGAGGAGGCGGCCCUGGUGAGGCAGGCCCACCUCAGGGCCCUUACGCUGGCUACAGCCCCUAUGGACCUGAGCUCCCAGCCACUCCACCCUUCCCUGCCUUUGGACGGCCUGUGGGUGCUGGCCACUUCAGUGUCCCCGACUAUGCACCCCCACCACCGGCCUUUCCACCUCGGGAGUACUGGUCUGAGCCAUACCCACUGCCCCCACCCACCCCAGUCCUUCAGGAGCCCCAGGUGCUAAGCCCAGGGGCUGGCGGGGGCCCAUGGGGCAGGGCAGGCAGCCUGGCAAAGGAGCAGGCCAGUGUGUACACCAAGUUGUGUGGUGUCUUCCCCCGACACCUGGUGAAGGCUGUGAUGGGGCGCUUCCCACAGCUCCUGGACCCCCAGCAGCUGGCUGCCGAAAUCCUCUCCUACAAGUCCCAGCACCCCAAUGAGUAAGCCGCCCCUUGGCCUGCAAGGGCAACACCACCAGCCUCCAAGGGCUGGGCGUUGGGCCCUCGAGCAGCCCAUUCCCAGCCCUGAGGCUCACCCUGGAGGCUGGACAGAGGGAGGAUUAAAGUAGGGAAGGAACCCACAAACCAAAGAUACUGUAGGAUUGGUUCUGGCCCAUGCAGCACCUUUAGUCGUCUGCCUGAGUGGUCAGAAGCGAUCACCCUGUUGAUACACAUUGUAUCUCUGUAGUUUAAGGAGACGCUGCCAGUAAUGGCGUCUGUCCGUGGCUGAGGCCCAAACCCUCUUUUCUCUCGGAGGGCGGGGAGGGAGGCGGGGGAAGCAGAGACCUGGGCUGGGGACCCUGUGUGCCGCCCCCCACCUCCGCCCCGCCCCCGGGAUGCCAGCCUGGGCUGGCUAGUUGGGCACCAUGUGCCUGCCCUCUGAGGGCCCCCUACACCGAUGAGGCCUCUUGCGUGUUCCUGUUGGGCACAAGGCUUCAUGUUAGUAAGCAAGAUGCUUCUUAAUUACUUACUUUCCACACCCCUCUAUUCACCUGUCCCAUUGCCCCUGCUGGGGGUCAAGGGCCCUCUGUCUCUACCCUCUCUUCCUCUGUACUCAAGAGUCAUCUCACCCUUCCCCAUGGAUGGGGGCACAUGUGUAUGUUUGUGCAAAGGUAUAAAUUUUAAGUAUUUUAAGUGGGAAGUCUGUA